AUGCUUCCUCAAAGCUCGACUGGCCUGUUAGCCGCUUUGCUGCUCUCCGCUUUGCCCGCCAAUGCGGAUGGCCUUUACACGAAGAAGUCGCCGGUCCUCCAGCUGACUCCAAAGACCUAUGGAUCGCUAAUUGCUAACUCAAAUCACACUUCGAUAGUCGAAUUCUAUGCGCCAUGGUGUGGCCACUGUCAGAACUUAAAGCCGGCCUAUGAGAAAGCAGCUCAGAACCUCAAUGGCCUGGCAAAGGUGGCCGCUAUCAACUGCGACGAAGAUGAGAACAAGCCUUUCUGUGGACAGAUGGGUGUCCAGGGAUUCCCCACAUUGAAGAUUAUUGUGCCUUCGAAAAAGCCGGGGAAACCUCGCGUGGAAGACUACCAAGGACAACGGUCUGCUAAAGCGAUCGUGGAUGCCGUGGUUGACCGUAUUCCGAACCACGUCAAACGCGCGACAGACAAGGAUUUGGAUAAGUGGGUGGCACAAAAUGAGGACCGGCCCAAGGCCAUCCUCUUCACAGAAAAAGGUUCAACCGGCUCAUUAAUUCGGGCUCUGGCAAUUGAUUUCUUGGGAGCAAUUGAUGUCGCCCAGCACUGGUCGUUUUGCCCCGGGGCCGAUGCGGAGCCAAAGAUCUACGAAGGCGAACUCAAGAAAAAGCCCAUCACCGAGUUUCUGAGUCAAUUUGCGGCCCCAAACCCGGACGCGACGGGCGAGGCUGCAGGUGACUCUAAGCCAAAAUCCAAAUCAAAGGCCAAGCCCACCAAGAACGGUAAACCAGAAUCUAGAGAAGAUGCCGUGGAAAAUCAGGAACCGGAGGUCAAGCCCACACAAGAACCAGUUGCUGCGCCAUCCAUCCCAAGCUUAGAAACUCUCGAGGAGCUCAACUCUAAAUGUCUGGGACCAAAAACCAACACCUGCGUUCUCGCCCUAGUUGCAGACCCGGAGAAAGCAAAUGUACUGUCGGCAUUGUCGGAAAUUGCCCACAGACAUAGCCAACGCGGAGCGCAGUUAUUCCCCUUAUUUGAUAUCCCCAGUGCCAAUACUGGGGCCCAGUCUGUGCGUACUCAAUUGGGUCUUGGCGAUAGCAAUCCAGUCGAGCUGCUCGCCAUCAAUUCUCGACGUGGAUGGUGGCGCCGAUACGAAACUGCAAAUGAUCUAAGCAUUGCAGCUAUCGAGGCCUGGUUUGAUGCCGUUCGGCUGGGCGAUGGUGCCAAAGAGAAGCUACCCGAAGGAAUUGUAGACGCUCCGCAGGACAAGGAGACAUCUGACCAUGAUGAGCUGUGA